AGAGAAAAACACAGAAACACCGGUAAAAAAAAGAAAAAAUCCAGCGAAGAAGAGAGAGAAAAGAUUUGUAUUCACUUUCGACUUUCGUGGCUUUGAUAGAUAGAUAGAUAGAGAGAGAGAGAGAGAGAGAGUGAGAGAAGAGAAGAGAGUGUGAUAAUACUAAUUUUCUCUCUCCUCAAUUUGGGAACUUCUUAAUUUUGAAUCGAAAAGAGGGAACGAUCUAGGGUUUCAUUUCUUUUCAAAUUAGGGAUUUAGUGAUGUUUAAUUAUCUGGAUUUUUUCAGCGAUCUCAACAAUUAGGUAUUUAUUAUUUUGAAUUUUAAUAGUUUGGGUUGAGAUUUUUUUUUUUUAAUUUUUUUGGGAGGGAGGGUUUGAAAUCGGGGAGAAGAUGGAGGUAGAUUCGUCUUCAUCAAUGGAGAACGAUAAAGAUCCUUCUUCAACACCAAACAAUAACAGUAACUCUCCAUCUCCGCCACCUUCGUCUUCUUCUUCGGCUUCGGCUUCGGUUUCUCAAACGACGCCGUCUUCGUCUUCUCCAAUGGAGAAAGAUGUACAACAGCAACAACAACAGCAAGUACAGGGACAAGGGCAAGGACAGAUAGUUGGGCCUCGGUGUGCGCCGAGUUAUACGGUGGUGAAUGCGAUAAUUGAAAAGAAAGAGGAUGGGGCUGGUCCACGGUGCGGCCAUACUUUGACGGCGGUUCCGGCGGUUGGGGAAGAAGGUAGUCCAGGUUAUAUUGGGCCGAGGUUGAUCCUUUUUGGUGGUGCUACUGCUCUUGAAGGAAAUUCUGCUGCUGCUGGAACUCCUUCUUCUGCUGGAAGUGCUGGCAUCAGGCUGGCGGGUGCUACAGCAGAUAUUCAUUGUUAUGACGUGUUAACCAAUAAAUGGUCUAGGAUUACUCCCAUUGGAGAGCCUCCUACACCUCGGGCAGCUCAUGUUGCUACAGCUGUUGGCACUAUGGUGGUUAUACAGGGUGGUAUUGGUCCAGCUGGUUUAUCUGCUGAGGACCUACAUGUUCUUGAUCUUACCCAACAAAGGCCACGUUGGCAUAGGGUGGUGGUUCAAGGCCCUGGACCUGGGCCACGUUACGGACAUGUCAUGGCCCUUGUGGGACAAAGAUAUCUUAUGUGCAUUGGCGGAAAUGAUGGGAAGCGACCCUUGGCUGAUGUCUGGGCAUUAGAUACUGCGGCAAAACCAUACGAGUGGAGGAAAUUGGAACCUGAAGGUGAAGGUCCCCCUCCAUGCAUGUAUGCAACUGCUAGUGCUCGUUCUGAUGGUCUUCUUCUACUCUGUGGAGGGAGGGAUGCAAACAGUGUGCCGUUGGCGAGUGCAUAUGGACUUGCUAAGCAUAGAGAUGGUCGGUGGGAAUGGGCAAUUGCUCCUGGUGUUUCACCAUCCCCUAGAUAUCAGCAUGCUGCGGUUUUUGUGAAUGCACGACUGCAUGUGUCUGGAGGUGCACUUGGUGGGGGGCGCAUGGUGGAAGAUUCAUCCAGUGUGGCAGUGCUGGAUACAGCAGCAGGAGUUUGGUGUGAUACAAAGUCAGUUGUUACUAGUCCAAGGACUGGUCGGUAUAGUGCUGAUGCUGCCGGUGGAGAUGCUUCUGUUGAGUUAACAAGGCGGUGCAGGCAUGCUGCUGCUGCAGUUGGUGACCUGAUUUUUAUCUAUGGUGGUCUACGCGGUGGUGUGCUACUUGAUGACUUACUUGUUGCUGAGGAUCUUGCUGCUGCGGAGACCACAAGUGCUGCUUCACAUGCUGCAGCUGCAGCUGCUGCUUCCAAUUCACCACCAGGAAGAUUACCUGGAAGGUAUGGUUUUGCCGAUGACAGAUUACGGGAGAAUGAUCCUGAAUCAGUGGCCGAUGGUGCAGUUGUGCUGGGGAGUCCUGUUGCCCCCCCAGUAAAUGGUGACAUGUAUACAGAUAUAAACCAUGAAAAUGCCAUGUUGCAGGGAAGCCGGAGGCUCAGCAAAGGAGUUGAGUAUUUGGUUGAAGCCUCAGCAGCCGAAGCAGAGGCUAUCAGUGCUACGUUGGCUGCUGCUAAAGCACGUCAAGUUAAUGGUGAAGUAGAACUCCCAGAUAGGGGUGAUCGUGGUGCUGAGGCUACGCCUAGUGGAAAGCCUAUACCAACUAUGAUCAAGCCAGACUCUUCUGUACCAAUUAGUACCCCUCCCCCAGGGGUUAGGCUCCAUCACAGAGCUGUAGUUGUAGCCGCAGAGACUGGCGGUGCUUUGGGUGGCAUGGUUAGACAGCUAUCUAUUGAUCAGUUUGAGAAUGAAGGCAGGCGUGUUAGUUAUGGGACCCCAGAGAAUGCUACUGCAGCAAGGAAAUUGCUUGAUAGGCAAAUGUCGAUCAACAGUGUUCCAAAAAAGGUUGUAGCACAUCUUCUUAAACCUCGAGGGUGGAAACCUCCGGUCCGCCGACAAUUUUUCUUGGACUGCAACGACAUAGCAGAUCUAUGUGACAGCGCAGAGCGAAUAUUUGCUAGUGAACCAAGUGUCCUUCAACUUAGAGCUCCUAUAAAAAUCUUUGGUGAUUUGCAUGGGCAGUUUGGGGAUCUUAUGCGACUUUUUGAUGAAUAUGGUGCUCCAUCAACGGCUGGGGAUAUAGCAUACAUAGAUUAUCUCUUCUUAGGUGACUACGUAGACCGAGGACAGCAUAGCUUGGAAACUAUUACACUCCUACUUUCAUUGAAGGUUGAGUAUCCUCAAAAUGUACAUUUAAUUCGAGGCAAUCAUGAAGCAGCUGAUAUCAAUGCCCUUUUUGGCUUCAGGAUUGAGUGCAUUGAGCGUAUGGGUGAAAGAGAUGGUAUCUGGGCAUGGCAUCGGUUAAACAGAUUAUUCAAUUGGCUUCCUUUGGCAGCUCUUAUUGAGAAGAAAAUUAUAUGUAUGCAUGGUGGCAUUGGACGAUCAAUUAAUCAUGUAGAACAGAUUGAGAACAUUCAACGCCCUAUUACAAUGGAAGCUGGCUCAAUUGUUCUGAUGGAUUUGUUAUGGUCGGAUCCAACAGAAAAUGACAGCGUGGAAGGUUUGCGUCCAAAUGCCAGAGGUCCUGGUCUAGUCACAUUUGGGCCCGACCGUGUCAUGGAAUUUUGUAACAACAAUGAUCUUCAGUUGAUUGUACGUGCACACGAAUGUGUCAUGGAUGGUUUUGAGCGGUUUGCUCAAGGGCAUUUAAUUACUUUAUUUUCAGCUACCAACUAUUGUGGUACUGCAAAUAAUGCAGGAGCUAUCUUGGUAUUAGGGAGGGAUCUAGUGGUGGUUCCAAAACUUAUUCAUCCCCUGCCUCCAGCAAUUUCAUCACCGGAGACAUCUCCGGAUCGACAUAUUGAGGAUACUUGGAUGCAGGAGCUUAAUGCUAACCGACCGCCGACACCAACUAGAGGCCGUCCUCAAGUUGCAAAUGAUCGGGGUUCUCUUGCUUGGAUCUAAUUGGAGUGUAAUGGUUUGCCACUCAUGUUGGAUCAUGCUUCCACCCGGGGGUUUUGGCAUUUGGUAUCGCAGGAUGCUGUACAUAGAAUGUCCUGAACUCAAUUUAAGCCAUGAAAAUUUUGAAGACCCUCUUGGGAUAACCACACGUUCGGAGGUCUUCAAUUGAUGAUGGAUGUAUGGAUCUCAGUGCGAAUGGGAGUUCACUCAUCUCAGUGGGAUGUGCUAUAAGAAUUGCCAGCAUGGGUAUCCUAGGGAGUUGGCCCUUGUACAUUUGAUCAAAAAUAUGCUGGUGGAAAGUCCAGAGUCUGGGUUAUUUCUGUAGUCAGGUCGAUAGUUUUGGGUAUUCUUCUGAUUAGUUUUCUAUUGAUUUUUUUUGGUUUGGUCCUCGAUUAGGGUGUAUUUGUCACAAGUUGGGUGUAUGCUAUUGGUGAGGUAACAUUAUAUCAAAUCCAUGGUGAGAGGUCCUUGUAUAAUAGAGGUAAUGUUUGUAAUUUUGUGUUCAUUUUUCUGUGUAACUUAAUUUUUUUUAUCAAGUGGUAUGAAGGUUUUUUGCCUAGCAAGUGCUCCAUGCAAAAACAGAUGUUGCCCUCUUAUACAUUUAAGGCUCCCCUGUUGGCCCCAAUUGUUUUUAUAUGCUAUUAAAAGAAAAAGAAAUUCGUUCU